AUGGAGCAUCAACCUGAAACCUUCCCGGCCGUCAAGGACGAGGAGAACCAACUGCCUCAAGAAGAUACCGAUGUCGAGAGUACCCAAAACCAACCUGUCCCGGAGAAGCCUACCGAGAAGGAUCCCAAUCUCGUUGAAUGGGAUGGCCCCGAGGACCCGGAGAACCCUCAGAACUUUUCGAACACACGCAAAUGGAUUAUCACCGUCACCAUGUCGUUGAUGACAAUGUGGAUUACAUUCGCAAGCAGUGUCUUCUCCACCGCAACUGUGGUCACCGCAAAGGAAUUCAAUGUCUCCGACGAAGUCAUGAUUCUAGGAACUAGUUUGACUGUCUUCGGAUUCGCCCUCGGCCCUCUGUUCUGGGCUCCCUUAUCCGAACUAUACGGCCGUCGUCUACCUCUCUUCUCAGGAUACGCCAUCUUCGCCAUCUUCCAAAUCCCCGUAGCCGUUGCCCAGAAUAUUGAGACAAUCAUGAUCUGCCGGUUCCUGAUCGGUGUCUUUGGAUGCUCCCCUCUAGCGUGCGUGGGUGGCGCCAUGGCCGAUAUCUGGAACCCCGUUGACCGCGCUGUGGCCAUCGCCAUGUUCAGCGCAGCCACUUUCCUUGGUCCCGUCCUCGGUCCGAUCAUCGGUGGCUUCAUCACCGAUAGCUAUCUAGGCUGGCGCUGGACCGCCUGGAUCACUCUCAUCGCAUCCUCCUUCUUUGGUCUGGUUGCCCUCAUUGUCGUCCCUGAGACCUACGGUCCCAAGCUACUUCAAGACCGCGCUGCCCGUCUGCGUCUCGAGACCAAGAACUGGGCCCUACACUCUUUCUUGGACGAGCACAAGCCUACCUUUUCCGACAUCGUCUACAAAUACCUCCUGCGUCCGUUCCAGAUGCUCAUCUCCGAGCCUAUUCUCAUCUGCAUAACCCUCUAUCUCGCCCUCAUCUACGGCAUCCUCUACCUGUUCUUCGAAGCCUACCCGGUCUCCUUCGGCGAAGUUCGCGGUUGGACCCACGAAGGCGUCGCUGCUCUCCCCUUUAUUGGCAUCAUGAUCGGUGUCCUCAUGGGUGUCGCCCUCAUCAUCUACACCACCAAGACCCGUUUCGCUCGCAAACUCAAAAAGCAUGGCCGCGUCGUUCCAGAGGAGCGUCUCGUCCCCAUGAUGAUCGCCUCCGUUCUUCUACCUAUCGGCCUCUUCUGGUUCGGCUGGACAUCCGACAAGAACAUCUCGUGGGUUCCACAGGUCAUCGCCGGUGUGCCGAUUGGAAUGGGCAUCCUGGUUAUUUUCAUGCAGGGUCUCAACUACAUCAUCGAUGUGUACAUGAUGUUCGCGAACUCGGCUAUCGCGGCGAACACACUUAUUCGAUCCACGCUGGGCGGGGCGUUCCCGCUGUUCGCGACGCAGAUGUACCAUAACCUGGGUGUUGCGUGGGCUUCGAGUGUUUUGGGUUUCAUUACAAUUGCUAUGAUUCCUAUUCCCGUGUUGUUCUUCAUUUACGGUGCAAGAAUUCGUGCUAUGAGUCGGUUCUCUCCGAAGUUCUAG